UUCCAAUCAGCUAGUUGGAGAGAUUCCUAGGGAUUUGGUUCGUUUAACUCCAUUGCUCGAGUUGAAUUUAAGCAACAACAAACUCUCUGGAGUGAUACCUUUGGAAAUUGGAAAUUUACACAGCAUAAACACUCUUGAUCUCUCAAGGAACAAUUUGACCGAUGCGGUACCGAAACAGUUGGGAGAAUGCAUUCAGCUGCGCCUCUUGAACUUGAGCAUGAAUGAGUUGAAUGGAAGCCUCCCUCUCGAGAUUGGGAAUCUAGUAAACCUACAAGAAUCGCUCGAUCUUAGUUAUAACUUGCUCACUGGAGUCAUUCCGCAACAAAUUGGCAAGCUAGUGAUGCUAGAAAACCUAAACCUCUCACACAAUCGACUGUCAGGCUCCAUCCCAUCAUCUUUUGAAGGCAUGCUCAGUCUGUUAUCGCUCGACUUAUCAUACAAUGAUUUGGACGGUCCGCUGCCUAAAGGUCGAUUCUUUCAGAAUAAUGCUCGAGCAGAGUGGUUUCAACACAAUAAAGGUAUUUGUGGUGAUUUACAUGGUUUGCCUCCAUGCUCAUCAUCUAUCAUACAAUUACAUCAUUCAAGGAAUGCUCGCAACCUAAUUCUUUCGAUUGUUCUUCCCACUACGGCCAUGCUUUUGCUGUUGGUUACAUUCGUGGUUAUUCUAUUUUUAAGGAGGGCAAAACCUAUGAAGGACGAGGAGAAGGAAGUCCCAAUCAAGAAUCUAUUCUCGAUACUAAAUUUUGAUGGGGAGGCUGUAUAUGAACAAUUUGAUGGGAAAGCUAUUUAUGAAGAAAUUAUUGAUGCCACAGAAAACUUUGAUGAGAAAUAUUGCAUCGGGACAGGAGGAUAUGGUAGUGUCUACAAAGCGCAGCUUCGAACAGGUCAGGUAGUAGCCGUGAAGAAGCUUCAUCCACAGGAAGAAGUAGUUGAUGAAAGAGGCUUUCAGAAUGAGAUCCAGGCAUUAACUAAGAUGCGUCAUCGUAACAUAGUGAAAUUGUAUGGGUUCUGCUUUCAUGCUCGAUGCAGGCUUCUCAUUUAUGAGUACAUAGAAAAGGGAAAUAUGUCAGCCAUUUUGAGCAGCCAAGAAGCAGGCAUGGAAUUGGAUUGGAAUAGGAGAGUAAAUAUCAUUAAGGAUGUAGCGCAUGCUUUAUCCUACAUGCACCAUGAUUGCAAUCCUCCUACUGUACAUAGAGAUAUAUCAAGCAAGAAUAUCUUGUUAGAUUCCAACUUUAAUGCCUAUGUUUCAGACUUUGGAAUUGCAAGGGUUUUGAAGCCCGAUUCAUCAAACUGGAGUGCACAUGCAGGCACGCUUGGAUAUAUGGCACCAGAGAUUUCAUAUACAAUGAAGGUCACUGAGAAAUACGAUGUAUACAGUUUUGGUGUGGUCAUACUAGAAAUACUACAAGGAAUGCAUCCAAGUGACCUUAUAUCCUCAUUGUCAUCGCAUGGUCAGAACAUGUUUCUUAAAGAUGUGCUAGACCCGCGUAUCUCAGUUCCCAUACUUCAAGUUGCAAAUGAUGUGAUAUUACUAGCUAAGAUAGCACUUGCAUGCAUACGUGCUAAUCCAGAUACUCGACCAACAAUGAAAUAUGUGUCCCAGCUAUUCACCGCUAACAAAGAUCAGAGUUUGUUAGAGUAUUUUCAUACAAUUAAACUACAUCAAUUAAUGGAUCUACAAGUGUAGGUUGAAUUUUGGGUGGCCAAGAGACAAGCAGCAUGGUUGUUAAGGUGUGUAGGAUCUAUCGUGUUCAUUAUAUGACACUUAAAAAUAUCAAUGUAUCCAUAUAUUGUUACAAUGUUAUAAUUAUCCUAGAAGCAAGAACUCUUUAUAUA